AUGCACCCUUCGCUGAUUUGUUUUAUACGAUCGACCUCGUUCGAAAGCCUGGGAUCGAGUGUCCUAUGGAUGUACCAAACAGGCCUAGACCACUCAGCGCAUCUGAAUCGAAUGAGGAUCCCGCAAUACCGGCGCAAUGCCGCGAAAAACGAUCUGUUCCCAGCCAGUGAAGAUCCUCAGCCUCACGGGAUUUAUUUGCGCAUUCAGUCUUCCCAUCGUGCUAGGCUCACAGGUUGCAACUCUGGUAGCGCAUGCCAAUCUACAGUCAGCAUUGUGCAAAGGCGUAUCGCUCAGGUUUGGGACAUCAGCAAGAUUCUGGAUAUAACGACCGGUUUUGGUCAACUCAAUCUCGGAGCUGCCAAGGCCAUUGACAUCGGAAUCGCUUACUAUACUUUCUGCAAAGCUUUAAUCUGUGUUAUAGAAACGCACGAAGCUAGCUGCGAUAUCUACGCAGCGGCUGCUUUCUCCACUGGUUCUCUCGGCGGCGCUCUGACACUAUUGCAACACUCAAUGUUCGGACCAACCUCCAAAAGUCUGUUUGCACGCUAUCUCAUCCUAGCUAUGGUUCUCACUGGUCUUUGCACUCUCGCACUGCCGACUGUCAUUUCGGCAUCAACAUCCUACGGUGCGAGAUCGAGGGGUAGGAUCAAGUAUGGAGAAGACUGGGUGUCAUUUGAGAGUUGGCGUCCGUCCUUCGCGGUCGUCACAGAUGGCUCUCGCGUUGGUCUAAGAGAUGGCUACAUCAUACCUCAGGGUGGCUACGCAAACGACAAGGCACUGAUGGACUGUGAGUUUUGCAUCGUAUCACUUUCUGAUAUAGAUUACUAUGCAUUCAUCUCCAAAGACGAGAUUGGACCAUUUGCGGAGAAGAGUACGGCAUUCCCUCUCAAUACGACUGCGUACAGUGCAGAUCAUACGAACCCCAUCUAUCAAAUCGAGGAUAGAGCAAGCAGCAUCAGACUCGAUGGCAAGCUUUGGAACCUCGACAGACUGUCUCUGAACAUCGUACCAUUGCCUCGGAAACCCUGGUUCUACAAGGAUCUUGUUGAUUCGCCCGAAAAUCUCGUCAGCCUGGACAUGGCUAGAUGUGAUGCCACGGAUCAAUAUCAAUGGGGGUUCUCGUUUCUGAUCCUCUUCAUGUUCAGCAUCGUCAAUGCCUGCGCUGCAGCCAUCUUGUACGCGAUCCAUCUUCUAACAAUUUUCCGAAACCAUGUAAUUAGGCUCGGAAGACAUGAGCCUCAUGUGUGGCGAGCUGUGGCAGAUUUGAGUGUCGCUCUUGGAAAGAUUACCGGUGGCGAACACCCUCGAAUGGACACGAGUCGGUUGAAAGAAAUCAUGAAGGGCAGUAGCAUCAUGUUGAGUGCUGAGUCAACAGCUACUAACGACAGAGUCUGCUCAUCCUCUUCGCAGCGCGGUCUCGGUAUUGAGCCGACUCAUCGUUCCGUGAGGAGAAUGCAUACGAAACUGGUCGUCUCUGGAGCAAGCACUUCCAAGUUGAUCAUGACGGUUAGAUCCGCGUCGCGAAGAUCUUUGUGCCAUUCAUAG